AUGAGUGCCGAGGAGGAGGACGUCCCCUUGGUCGUAGUCCGUUCAGCCCGCGAGCUUUGGUGGGAGGACGUUGCCAACCAGCCGGGCCCCUUGGAGUCAGUCUACAAGAGGUUGGAGCAGCUGCCGCGGGGGCAAGAGGUACAAGCCCUGGAAGCAGCUUUGAGUGCCAAAGAUGCAGGGACGGAGGCUGAGAGCAUUCGCCUCUUCCGGACGGUGCUCGCCAAACGUCCAGAAAAAACCAUUGCGGUGGUGACACACUGGGGCGUAAUCAACGCUCUUUGUCGUCAAAGCGCCGACAACUGCGAGAUGAUGGAAUGCAAUUGCGAUGGGAAGGGCGACCUCACCUUUGUCCGACAAUUGGCACAGAGAAGUCGACGCAGCGCUUGUGGCUUGUUUCUCCCUCGCGCUGACUCUCCCUCUCUCGCUCACUUCAAUGCUCAUGGCUCAUUGGCGAGUGCUGGGAUCUGCUGA